AUGGGUAAGAAAAAGGCGGUGUUGAUCGGAUGUAAUUACGCCGGAACCAAGGCGGAGCUUAAAGGAUGCGUCAAUGAUGUUAAGAGAAUGCAUCGUUGUUUGAUCGAUCGUUACGGAUUCGCGGAAAGCGAUAUUAAGGUUCUCAUCGAUGCCGAUAGUUCAUAUACUCAGCCCACCGGCCGUAACAUCCGCACCGCUCUUUCUGAUCUCAUCAAAUCGGCCGAGUCCGAGGACAUUCUCUUCGUCCAUUAUAGUGGUCACGGCACUCGACUUCCCGCCGAGACUGGUGAAGAUGAUGAUACUGGCUACGACGAGUGCAUUGUUCCAUGCGACAUGAAUCUCAUAACUGAUGACGACUUCAGGGAGCUUGUAGAUCAAGUACCACAUGGUUGCAAAUUAACCAUAGUCUCAGAUUCUUGCCAUAGUGGCGGACUCAUUGAUGACGCUAAAGAGCAGAUUGGUGAGAGCUGCAAAGAUGAUUUGUCUGAAGAAAAAAGAGAGGCUGAAUCAGGUUCUGGAUUCGGGAAUUUCCUACAAAAGACUGAAGAUGCAUUAGAAUCAAUAUUCAGCCGUAAAGGUGGUGGUGAGGAGGACGAUUUGAGCGUAACGAACAGAUCUUUACCUCUUGACACUCUUGUUGAUAUCCUGAAACAAAAAACCGGAAAAGAUGAUAUAAAUGUUGGGAAUGUGAGGCCAACUUUGUUUGAUGUAUUUGGGGACGAUUCAAGUCCAAAAGUGAAGAAGUUCAUGAAGGUCCUUCUGGACAGCCUCCAAGGCAGCGGCGGCGAUGGUGGUGGUGGCGGUUUUCUGGGAAAAGUGAGUGGUUUAGCUCAGGAAUUCCUAAAGCAAAAGCUGGAGAGCAACUCAAAUUACGGGAAACCAGCCAUGGAAACAGAAGUUGGUGGCAAGCAAGAUGCGUAUGCCGGAUCCAAGAAAAAGAAGCUGCCGGAGAACGGGAUUUUGAUCAGUGGUUGCCAGACUGAUCAAACCUCGGCUGAUGCUACCCCAUCUGGGAAGCAAGAGCUAUCGUUUGGUGCGCUCAGCCAUACGAUUCAGGCGAUCGUGGAAGAAUCGAAUGGGAAGAUAACGAACCAUGAGCUCGUGACCAAGGCCAGGAUUAUGAUGAAGAAACAAGGGUUCAAACAACGACCUGGGCUUUAUUGUGAUGACAAACAUGUCAAUGACCCGUUUAUAUGUUAA